GUUCGCAAAAUCCGAAACUCCCAAAGAUAAACAUCUCCCAAGCUUUUCUCUCUCGCUCUUCCUAAUAUCUUGCAAUUACCACACCAUACAGUGGACUUUGAAAAGCAGGUCUUUUAACAAUCUCAAGGUAUGUUCCUCAUCCGGGGCUUGAUUCUGACUCAAAGUCGUUCGAUUUGUUUAUCUGUCUCGUUGUCAAGUAUCAAGUAUUUAUUCGCUGACUUUCGGUCGAUUUUUUAGCUUCUACAAGACAACUCGUCGCAUAGACUCCCUUGACAUCAUGGUAUGUAGCUUCUGUCCUGUUAGUUGCCAUGCAACCGUUUACUAAUAGAGCUUGAUUUUACAGUCUAACUCAGGGUCAGUUCGCCCCACUACCAACCCUCUACCGUCAAUGAUUUGCGGUGACCACCGACCUUAAUGCGAAUCUAUUCCCACCUUUAAUCCAAGCAGAAUCGCAGAGCGCUAGUUGACAAGUUUCUGCAGUAUCACUGUCGAUGAUGAAUGUAUCGAGAAGUUCAACGAGAUGAAGCUUCAAAAGAAGAUCAAGUGGAUUGUCUACAAGAUCAACGAUGAAGGCACAAAGGUUGUUGUCGACAAAUCCAGCGAGUCGGCAGAAUGGGAACCAUUCCGCGAGGUUCUCGUGAAUGCGAAGGCACUCAACAAGAACGUAUGUGUGAAAGCCUCUGUAAGGAGCAAGCGCUGAUAGACACCUGCAGAAAACUCAGGGUAAAGGCCCCAGAUACGCUGUCUAUGACUUCAACUACGAUUUGGCCAACGGAGAGGGACAGAGGUAAUCCUAGCAGUAUUUGACUUUUAUGGAUCAUGGACUAAUAUUUAUCAGAACCAAGCUUACUUUCAUUUCAUGGUCCCCUGAUGAUGCCAGUACCUUUGUAAGUUCUGCCGUCUUAUAUCACCUUCUGGCACUAAUAAAUUCUCCAGCCUAAAAUGAUGUAUGCCUCCACCAAGGAAUCCUUCAAGCGUGCCCUAUCCGGACUUUCGGGCGAUGAACUUCAAGCAAACGACGAGGCCGAUCUCGAGGAGAAUGAGAUGUUGAAGACAGUCAGCAAGGGAACCGCCGCUCUCAAGGCAUAGAUACAACUUAUGGUUUUGGGAACGAACAUGACAGGAAGGAACGCAGUUUCAUUGGGUGCUUAUUGCCUACGAUGAUAUGCAUGGGUGUGAAUUUAUUAUUCUGAAGACGGAUUGAUCAUUUCAGCGUGACGAUUUUUGAAGACAUUAAAAGCGACUUUUGCGAAAGUACCUGUUUCUUA